GGAGCUGUCAGCAGAUGCAACACACUCAGCACACUCACACGCCUCUCAACUCUCAACUUGUGUACUGGAAAACAUGAUAUCAUUGUCCAAGUUCAUUAAUUCUUCCUUGGACUGGGCGUUGUUGGAAGUUGAGGCGCGAUUUCGAAUGGACGCGACAUAAUAACUACGGGAUGACUUCGGGACUUUCCCAUCACGUGCUUCUCAACGUCAGCUCAUCACUCCAAGUUGUCUUCGUUGUCUAGUUCAACGCCCCAUUCUGCUGUAAUUUUCUGCACGGAAUCAUGAAAUAUCCAAGAACCAAGAACUGACACAGGUGGUGUAUAGAUGAUCUAAAGGAGGCCAAGGAGGGUGUGUUUUCGUUAAACUCCGUCUUAGGGAAACAUUGCAAUACAAGAGUCCCAAUAUGCCGGUUGGAGUGUACCGCUCUAGUGCUUCGGCUUUCAAGCCAUUCAAUUCCAUUCCUAUCGGUCACAUUCAUCGAACGAGCCGGCGAUCACCGCGAUUCAACAGUACAUUGAGCACACCAACCCCCCCUAAGACCAACCGAAUCCGCAACUUUUUUUACAGCGCUGCGUUACUGCUUUCCACCGGCGCAGUAUACAUUUAUGCCACAGAUACGCGCGCUAGCAUCCAUCGCUACGUGGUUGUGCCCGCCGUGCGUACAAUAUUUCCCGACGCCGAAGACGCCCACCAUGCCGGUGUGAAAGCCCUUCAAAUCCUCUAUCAACUCGGCUUGCAUCCGCGGGAGCGUCUGAGACUCUCAUCCGCAAAUGCUACGACACCUACCUUGUCGGUCAAUGUUUUCGAUACCGAGCUCAGCAGUCCACUGGGAGUCUCAGGUGGUCUUGACAAGAACGCCGUAAUCCCGGAUGCUCUUUUCGCACUCGGUGCUGGAGUCGUUGAGGUCGGUGGGAUCACGCCGCUCCCACAGCCUGGAAACCCUCGUCCCCGGGUAUUCCGCCUGAAGGAACAGCAAGCGCUGAUCAACAGAUACGGCUUGAACUCCGAAGGCGCAGACGCAGUUGCCGCACGACUGAGAACCCGUGUGCGAGAAUUUGCCUACCGCCACGGGCUUGGGAUUGGCGAUGAUGCGGAGCAGGCAGUACUAGAUGGAGCGGCCGGUGUCCCACCUGGGAGUUUGACGCGAGGUUGCCUACUCGCGGUUCAAAUAGCGAAGAACAAAAACACACCAGAUGGUGAUCUGACUGCAGUGGCAAGAGAUUACUCGACUUGCGUUGAGAAGCUGGGGAAGUACGCAGACGUGUUGGUGGUGAAUGUUUCAUCGCCGAAUACCCCCGGUUUGAGAGACCUACAACGCGUGGAGCCGUUGACUCGGAUCCUCGCAGCAGUAGUUGAUGCCGCGUCGAAUACCCGACGCAAAUCACCUCCGAAAAUCAUGGUUAAGAUCUCCCCGGACGAAGAUGAUUUGGAGCAAAUCCGGGGAAUUUGCGAGGCGGUGACACAGGCUGGUGUGGACGGAAUCAUUGUUGGGAACACCACCAGGUCCCGUCCAGCGCCGAAGUUUACAAUCCCCCCAAAAGAAUUCGCGACCAUGGACGAGCAAGGUGGUUAUUCAGGACCUCGAACGUUUGAUCAGACACUCAGUCUUGUCAAAACUUAUCGUCGUGAGCUGGACUUCGCUCCCGUCAGGUUGUCUAACAAAACAAGGAGCGAAGGGCUACAUUCGGAGCAAGCGACCACUGAAACGACAGAAAACACACAAGGAAAUUUUCAGAUGCCUUUAUCCAGACCGCCCGAACUGACAAAUCCAUACGACCUGCCGCCAAAGACAAUAUUUGCUAGUGGGGGCAUAUCCACUGGGGAGCAGGCACUUGCAGUCUUGAACGCUGGCGCAAGUCUUGCGAUGAUGUACACCGCGCUAUCCUACAACGGAGUCGGCCAUAUCACGACUGUGAAGCGGGAAAUGGAGGAUGCUAUGUAUGGUACAAAACAAUUGAGCUCAUAAAAGUGAGGCUUGUUAUGGUCCCGGGCCUGUGGCCUGGGCCCUUGAGUAUGGCUGACGCCACAAGGAUGUGGCUAGUGGAUGGCAUGGAGGAUUAUCAAGGAGAUAGUCAUAUGGGAGCUAUGUGUUAGGACGGAGCUGUGUUAAGGAGCUGUGUUGGGCUGUGUUAGGAUAGCAGAGAGAAGAGUUUAUAUCUCGCGCACAAAGACGCUGGGAGAUUUCUUCCUUCUCUCUCUUCAGUUUAGAUUAAUGGAACUUGGUAAUCGCAG